UGGGUGGACGUGUCAGCGCAUUGGCGUUUUAUUUAUUUGGUGCGACAAAAAUUCAGCAAGUAAAAGUGAAAUUUCUUCGAAUGACAGCAACAAAACAAUGCAAAGUGAAAGAGAAAAUGAAAUGCCAAUAAGCUGUGUCAGAGAGGGGAACGGGAUAUACAAACAAUAACUGUAAAUGUUACAAAAUUUUAGCACAUUGCAAGCCCAAAAUGAGCGCCUCCACAACAACACUGGCACUAAGCACAGACUACAGCAGCAGCAGCAACAACAACAACAAUAACUAUAAAAAUAACACAUUCAGAUAUGCAAACAACAUUAACAUGCACAUGCACAAAUACAAAAACCUCAUUAUGGAUGAUUCCAUGGUACAUAUCGGCUCAACCUCCACCUCCUGCUCAUCCCUGGCCUCGCCACAGCUGAUCAAGAGCAACAGCUACAGCGGCACAAGCACGCGUUACCCCCUGGAAGCCAACGGUAGUUGUUGUGACAUGGACGUCAGCGAGUGCAUCCCAGCGACAGUUGCCGACGGCAACAGCUGUGCAGAGAUUGCGAACGAGGAGAGCAGCGAAUGUGAUGCGUUUUUAAUAAGUCCCGUCAGCAGCGCAAGCAAUCGACGCCAUCACAAUCGCUCCUCCUGCUCCUCCUACCUGCGUCGCAAUUCCUGCUGGCUGCGCGCGCACGCCUUUAUCAUGCGCAACUGGUAUCUCAGCUAUUUGGUGCCCAUUGGGCUGCUGGGCAUUAUCGUGGUUGCCGGCUACCUGACGCGCAACUAUGCCAAGGAGCUGCUCUUCUGGAUCGAGACACAGAAUCGCUGGCUAAUCUUUGUCAUCUUUAUGGCGCUCUUCACACUCGUCAGCUUCCCCAUUGUCGUCGGCUACCUUGUGCUGCUGAUAACUGCUGGUUACCUGUUCGGCUGCUGGAGAGGCUGGCUAACGGUAAUGCUCGGCGCAAACGUGGGCAUAGCCAUCGCCCAUGCGACAAUACGCAGCUGUCGGCAUCGCAUAUCCGUGCACAAACUGAUCAAAAAUGAGACUGGACGAGCUAUACUGCGCGUUAUAUCUGGACCCAAGGCGUUUCGGGUGGUGCUCUUUACGCGUCUAACGCCGAUUCCAUUUGGAUUGCAAAAUGUCAUCUUUGGAAUCAGUUCGAUUAAGGCGCGGGACUAUCACCUGGCCACAUUUCUGGGCCUGUUGCCCGCCCAAACAAUAAAUGUUUAUCUUGGCUCCACGCUGCGCUCCAUGCACGAGGUGCUCAAUGAUCACAAUACCAAAUUGACGGGCUACAUUAGCUUCGUGAUCGAGGUAAUUUGUGGUCUCGCGCUGAUGUUUUGGGUGGUGCACAAGGCGCGCAAGGAGCUGUCGGAAACGUUGCUCUCGUCGGACUACAUCAAUGAUGGCAAACCCAUUGAUAUACAGGUCUAGCCAACGGAGAUCGGGCUCCUGCCUGAGCCACAAGUGACAACAACACCCGCUGACGAUGGCGUCUGCUGAUUCGAAUAGGAAUUGUGUUAAAUAGUGUUAAGACAUAGUUUGCAUUUGCAAAAUGAGUUAAAUUAUUGUUAACAAAUUAAAUUAGAAAUUUAGAAGCAAACAAAAAAACAUACCAAAUGCUAAAUGAAUUGUCGCAAAUACUUGCGAGAGUUCAACUAUUGUACAGUCUUUGCCAAAACAGGAUCGAACUCUCUUAAAUGAAAAUGCUGUGCCUAAAAUAUCUAUAUACAAUAUAUAUAUACAUUUAUAUAUAUACAAUUUUAAAAAUAACUACAUUUAAGGUGAAGCCUCGCUCAGUGUCAUUGGAAUGUAAAAUGCUCACAGUCUGCUUUUCAAUUCGAUUUGCGCUCUCUAAGCUGCUCUCAAAUUCAGCUCAAUUAUUUUGAUCUUAUGUUAAGUAAUAAAUAUUAUAUAAAAUAUUGUAAA